UUUCAUUUAUAACUCUCAAUUUUAUUUAUCUUUCAAAAGUGGUUUACUUUACAACGUUAUAAUUAAAAUUAAAAUUUUAUUAAUAUUUUUUUUAAUUUUAGUAAUGAUUUCUAAACUAUGAUCAUCAAUUGAAAUUACUAUGUUAUACACUAUGUUUGAAAAAUGUGAAGACGUGGCUAUUAAAAAACUAAAAACCAUGUCCCAGUGUGUUAAAAAUAAUACAUAAAAUAUGUCUCAUAAAAUGAGCCAUACCCGUUUAGUGGUACUAUGUUCCAUUGCCAAUUUUAUAAAUGCUGCAGACAGAGUUAUUAUGCCUAUUGCAAUAAUACCAAUGACUAGUUAUUUCAAAUGGACUAUGCAUUGGCAAGGAUGGAUAUUGUCAGCAUUUGCAUUUGGUUAUUUAAGUAGUCAAAUAAUAGGAGCUUGUGCUGCUCAAAAAUUUGGUGGCAAAGUGAUUUUAUUAUUGUCCGUCUUUUUAUGGUCAAUAUCAACUGUUGCAACACCCUGGGUUUCCCAUAAUACAUUUGCUCUAAUGCUAUGUCGAGUAUUAUCUGGAUUCGGUGAAGGAUUAGGUUUACCAACAAUAUUUCAUAUUUUUGCCAACAAUAUAGCAAUUACUGAGCGUUCAAGUGCAUUUGGUUACUUAGUGGCUGCAGGUUCUGUUGGCCAAACAGUGGCAUCUGUGAUAUGUCCACAUUUAAUGUGGCAAACUAGCUUCUAUUUAUUUGGUUCAAUUGGAAUUUUUUGGUCACUUAUUUGGAUUUCAUUAUAUUCAGAAAAAGAUUAUGGAAAAAAUGAUGAACUUCCAUUAAUUGUUAUUCCACAAAGUUCCAGUAUAAGAUUACACUGGAGAAAAUUCUUUAUACAUUGGCCCUUAUGGGCAAUAUAUAUAGCUCAUUUUGCAAUGAAUUGGUCUAAUUACAUAAUAAUGCAUUGGCUACCUACUUAUUUGCGUUAUCUAGAUGUUAAUUUACAAAGUAUUAGUUUAACAGCUGUACCAUAUUUAUUCAACUCAGUAUUUGGAAUUGUUGCAGGAAAUUAUGCUGACAAAUUAAUUGAUAACAGAUGGUCAGUAUUGUCUGUUCGGCGACUUAUGACUACUAUAGGUUUAGUGGGACCAGCUGUAUUUUUACUUUUGUUUUGUACAGUUAAUAGUUUAGCUCCAGCAAUAAUAUUCAUAUCAAUAUCAAUGGGAUUAUGUGCAUGUAAUUCAGCUGGACAUUUAAGUAAUCAUGCAGAAGUAGCUCCUAAUCAUGCUGGCAUUACAUUCUCAAUAUCAAAUACUCUGGCUACUAUACCAGGAAUACUCUCUGGUCCUUUGACUGCAGAACUUGUGACCACAUCACAUGGCCGCUGGUUUCCAGUCUUCAUUUUAGCAGCUGCUUUAAAUUUCACUGGCUCAAUUAUUUACUGUAGUCAAAGUUCAACGUCACAAAUUUUAUAAUUAACAAAUUUGUAAAAAGAAUGCAGAUUAAUUUUGGAAAUAUCAAAUGUUGAUCGUAAUUCAGCUCAAUUAGAAUGGAACAAGCCAGAAGAAAACAUAGAUCCUUUGUUCGAAUUGAAUAUGAAUGAAAAUGAUCAACAAUGGGUCGUUAUUUAUAGGUAUAAAUCAGUAAUAUUAAAAUAUAAUUUAUAUUUAGUUCAAAACCAUACAGUAAA